AUUUUACUUGCAGAUAAAAUUCGAUUAUUCUCUUCUACUCUUGUCUUAAGUACAGUAUCUUCAAAAUUUCAACGAUGGCGUUUGUGCUUGGCCGUCGUGCGAAAAGCGCCUUGAGUUGCAUAAUGCCAUCCUCACGAAUGGUUCUCAUCGGCUCGCGCCCGGCGUCGAUGACAGUAAGAGACGCCCUCAAUUCUGCAUUGGAUGAGGAAAUGGAGAGAGAUUCGCGAGUGUUUCUCAUGGGCGAAGAGGUGGCACAAUACGAUGGUGCGUACAAAAUAUCCCGUGGUCUCUGGAAGAAGUACGGCGACAAGAGGGUGGUAGACACUCCCAUCACUGAGAUGGGAUUUGCUGGAAUCGCCGUAGGAUCUGCUCUGAAAGGCCUAAGGCCCGUCCUCGAGUUCAUGACCUUCAAUUUCUCCAUGCAAGCUAUUGACCACGUGAUCAACUCUGCAGCAAAGAUGUAUUACAUGAGUGCCGGCCUCUUUGCGUGCCCCAUCGUUUUCCGAGGCCCCAACGGUGCAGCUGCAGGAGUAGCGGCUCAACAUUCACAGUGUUUUGCAUCUUGGUAUGCUUCAUGCCCAGGCCUCAAGGUUGUAUCACCGUACUCCGCGGAGGAUGCCAGAGGUCUCUUGAAAGCUGCCAUUCGAGAUCCCGAUCCAGUAGUUUUUUUGGAGCACGAGAUCAUGUACGGAGUCCCGUUUGAGGUUUCGGACGAAGUUCUUUCGCACGAUUUCACCAUACCAAUCGGUAAAGCGAAAAUUGAACGCCAGGGCAAGGACGUGACUAUUGUGGCAUUCUCGCGUGCUGUUCAGACUGCCUUGCAAGGUGCCGAGGAGCUUUCCAAAAUAGGAAUCGACGCUGAGGUCAUCAAUCUCCGUUCCAUUCGACCCCUGGAUAUGAAGUGCAUAGGCGACUCCAUAAAGAAAACUCAUCACUUGAUAACCGUGGAAGAAGGUUGGCCUGCUGGUGGAGUUGGUUCGAACAUCAGCUCGCGUGUGGGUGAAUCUGAAGAGCUGUUUUACCAACUCGAUGCCCCGAUCAUGAGAGUCACCGGUGCUGACGUAUGCAUGCCGUACACGAAAAGUUUGGAACUCCUCGCUGUUCCAAACGCGGAUUUGCGUAGUGGAGCAAUCAGAGAUGAAAUCGAAAUCGAUGCUCCUGAUUUAUUCAGCAAUGAAAGGAAUGCAUCCACUGUGGAUGAUGGGGAAAUUGAAGAUUAUGAUUCAAACUUGGCUGAAGUUCAGGAUGCAUACCGAAAUGUUGCUGCUGAAUGGGCCUCUUUGAAAGCUGCGCUGGAAGUCAAAGCAACUGGAAAUCCAAUUAAAACAACGGAACUCGCUUCUUCGAUUCGUAUGCUUGCUUCGGAAGAGAAAUUCUCGGAAUUCGCCGCCAUCCCGUCGCUUGAUCGUAAUGCCGCAAGGAAUCUUCAGAUGAAGAUCAGUUUGGAUACUCAAAUUUUACCGCAAUGCGAUGAGAUUUUGGCUGAAAUCAAGGAGACCUUGGGUGGGUUGAAUCGCUUGAGAAGUCGCGAGAAAAAGUUGGAGAAGCUGAAGUCAUCAAUUCUAGAAGACAUUGAAUUCCAGGACGCUGCAUUUGCCAAAUUGGACAAGGCCCACGAGUUGGCAAUGGAAUGUGCUGGUGGCGAAGACGACGACGACGAAGAAGAAAACUUGAACGUUAUUCUAAUUGAAUCGGAAAUCUUGAAAGCCGAACAAGCUUCUUUGUCGAAGCAGUUGAUUGACAUCGAUAAGAAAAUCGAGUCCGAGACAACAGAGAAUCAAUACUUGGAGCACCUGUUGGAAAAUUGCGGUCAGGCCAAAGACUUCGCACUCCUUAAGGCGGAAUUACCAAACAUCUUUUCAUUCAACCUGAAUGAAGUUUCUGCGUCAUUGACUCAGCACGUUGAGCUUCGUGAAUUCAAUGAAAACCAGUCCAAAAAGCUCGACUUGGAAGAAUGUAUUAAGAAACAGCACGAGGCCGUUGCGCAGCUGGACGAUGAACUGGAGGAGGUGUCAUCUCUCGGAAUCCUGACGCAACUCUUGGCAGACACACUAACAGUGUCUCAAGAGCUGGAUGCGAAGAUUGCAAAUUCAGAAGCAAACAUCGUCACCCUCGAACAUCAGUUGGACUCUUGCAUGGAAGCUGAACGCGCCAAAGUGCAAGAAUCUUUGAAAGUGAAACCAAAUGAUAGGAAAAUGAUGGAGAACGUAUUCCAGCAUAUUUUGCAGCAGUUCCUGUUUCAUCGUCGCGUAAAAGAACUAGUAAGUCAAUGGUACCAGUGGAAAAAGUCCAUGGAAGCUACCGAAGAACGCAUCGAGAAGCUUAUUGAUUUGAAGAUCCCUGAAAUGGAGUGGACCACGGAUGAGCAGUCUAUCGAGUAUCUGCGCGAAAGGUUGAGGAAUAUUCAAGAAUCUAUUGCUAAUAGUGGCCUGGAAACUGAUCAGAUGAAUGCUGGAGAAGAUUUCGGAAUUCAGUUGAAUCUCUGGAGGGAGUUUGAUGAAGUUAUACGUCGUCUGGAAACUGAAUGGGAUGAGGUGAAAACUCUUCAAACGCGUGUUGAAGAUCGGAAGGAUAAAGAGCAUCAGCAGUUGAGCAAAAAUCUGGCUUUGAAGGCUGAACUGGAAGAAAAACGCAAAACUGUUGUUUCGCUUGUCAUGGACAUGGAAGAAGCUGAAAAGGAAGUUAAACGCUGGGGUGACAAAAACGAAUUCUUGGUUGAAAAAGAUCUCCAGUUGACCAAAACUGUCUCCAACUUGGAGGAAGUGAACCAGGCUCUUAAAUCUACUCUUAGAGACCAAGAAAAAGAGCAUAGGAAUGUCACUAGUGAGCUUUCAGAGGUGAAAAAAGCUGAAGCUGCUGUGAGAGCACAGUUGAAAGCACUGAACACACAAUUGAGUCUCGAAGAGUCUCAUGUGGAUAUCAUGCAGAACUUGGCGUUAUUGAGGGAUGAGGAGGACCAGUUGGAGAUUGGUGUUGAACGGGCCAAUGCUAAACUUGAUGCAUUGCUGGCUAAGAAAGAGACCAAGUCCACGCUGAAGUUGUCAGAACCCUUUUAUGAUGCUGAAGAGGUCCCAGAGGACGAGUCGGGGCUGGUUCAAUUGCCUGAAGAGUUAAAAAGACGAGCAAAGGAUCUUCGUGGAUUGGACUCGGCGGAAUGGACCAGGCUGUUAGAUUAUGCCGAAAUCGUAAAGAACCACGGGAUCGCCCAGAUGGCAAAGAAGGGGAUUUCAGCUGAGCUCAAAAGAUGCAAGGACAGCUCUUUGAGGAAGAGAGCACGUUUGGAGGAACUGGAGCAGGAGGUUGCUGACAUAGAGGAACGAAGUUCGGAUUUGGUAGAUCGACGACAACAGGCGGCGUUCAAUCUUGCUGAAGGGGAAGCCUCUGGUUCAGGUACAACUUCAACAGUCCAUGAGGACGAUCUGAUGGAUGAAGAGUCAUUAUUGUUGCCUGAACCUUUUUACGAUGCUGAAGAGGUCCCAGAGGACGAGUCGGGGCUGAUUCAAUUGCCUGAAGAGUUAAAAGGACGAGCAAAGGAUCUUCGUGGAUUGGACUCGGCGGAAUGGACCAGGCUGUUGGAUUAUGCCAAAAUCGUAAAGAACCAUGGGAUCGCCCAGAUGGCAAAGAAGGGGAUUUCAGCUGAACUCAAAAGAUGCAAGGACAGCUCUUCAUCCUUCUCUCGUGCAAACCUCCUUGACCUCGUCCUCCAACGACUGUAUCUCCUUGCUUCAAGCCUAAACCAACUAGCUGCUGUUGUCCGCCGCAAGUCAGUCCUCGACAAAGUUGAGCGGCUGGUUCAAGCCCGAGCCAGCAAACGGGAAUUCUCUUUGGCUAUGAAGGACAGAUCGGCGACGGAUCUUGGGACCUUUCUUUUAAAACUGCGAGGACACAAGUCAUUUUGGUUUGUUUUCAACUCGCCGACCAAGAAGCCCGAGCCAGCAAACGGGAAUUCUCUUUGGCUAUGA